UGUUGCACUUUGAGCCCCUGGCCAAUCAGGAGGCGCCGCGGCUGCCAGCUGGAGCUGGGGCUGGAGCCGGAGCCGCGGCCGCUCUCUGACCGCCCUGUCCCCCGCCAGGGCUCUCCCUCCCGCUCCCCGGAGAUGAAGCGGAGCCCGGGGCCCCCCGCGGGCCGUGUCCUGUCUUAUGAGAGUCUGGUUCACGCUGUGGCCGGGGCAGCGGGGGGAGCCACGGCGAUGACCUUAUUCUACCCCCUGGACACGGCCCGCCUGAGACUGCAAGUCGACGAGAAGAUGAAGUCUGGAUCUACCCGCACUGUCCUGGCCAAGAUCAUCAAAGAGGAGGGACUGUCGGCGGUCUAUCGGAGCUGGUUUUCCGUUAUCUCCAGCCUGUGCUGCUCAAACUUUGUCUACUUCUACACCUUCAAUGCCUUGAAGGACGCCUGGGUCAAAGAUCAAGCCUCCACCAAUAGCAAGGACCUCGUGAUGGGCUUUAUCUCUGGAGUUGUCAAUGUGAUGGUCACCACUCCGCUGUGGGUUGUAAACACCAGGCUGAAACUGCAGGGGGCAGUGCUCCGGAGUGACGAUAUUGAGCAGACCAAUUACAUGGGGAUUCUGGAUGCCGUUGGCCGGAUCGUGAGGGAGGAGGGCAUCCUGGCUCUGUGGAGCAGCACCUUCCCUUCCCUUCUCCUCGUCUUUAAUCCCGCCAUCCAGUUCAUGUUCUACGAGGGGCUCAAGCGCCAACUGAGGAGGGGCCGCACUGAGCUUCCCGCGCUUGAGGUCUUCGUUAUCGGAGCAAUUGCCAAGGCAAUCGCCACAACAGUGACAUACCCCCUCCAGACGGUGCAGUCCUUGCUGAGGUUUGGUCAACAGAAGAGGGAUUCAGAGGGGAGGAUUGUGGGAAGCCUCCGAAGAGUGGUCUACGUCUUGAGACAGAGAGUGAGGAAGCAGGGUCUCCUGGGCCUGUACAAGGGAUUGGAAGCCAAGCUCCUGCAGACCGUUCUCACCUCUGCUCUCAUGUUCCUCGUCUACGAGAAGAUUGCAGGGUUCAUCUUUCGACUCAUGGGAGUGAACCCUCGCGUGGGACAUUAACAGGCGAAGGUACAAUCUCCGGAGUGCUGUCUGCGUUAAUGCUGAACUCGGGGUCUCCAUCUCCCCCACCCCCUACCCACGUCCCCUUUCCCUCCCCCACAAUGCACUGCCGCCCAGGACAUUGCACGUUCACAGGUCACGAUGGUGAGGAUGUAUUCCCUGUGCCAUCCCAGUAUCAAUAAAGGCGAUCGGUGUUGGAAUGAGAAAACGUUGGUAGAUAUUAAAAUGUACUUUAUUGAGGA